GCAGUGUUUUCGAAAGAGAGACAACUGUCUGCAUCACGAGGAGCAGGAGGAGGAGGAGGUGGAGGUGGAGGAUUAAUAAUGCAGCAUGAAAGCUGAGGGUGGUGAGAGGGAGAUGUAGAUUAAACGAACACAGCUGGACUCGUAGAAGCACCUUUGAUUAAACGGACUUUCUUAAUCUGCUUAGACUUAAAAUGAAGGGACAAGACUAGCUCUGCAGAAUGUAUGACGAAGAAUGUGAAAUGUGAAAAAUUGAAAGACAUAUUUUUUCUGGGCUGGAAAGUCAUGGAGUCAACACACUGCAGAUGAGCAGACGGCUGCUGUCGUCAUGGGAUGUGGCACGUCUAUUGCCACUCAGCGACAAGGAAAAAAGUCGGAGAAGGCACUGUCUUACAAAUUCUUUUAUUCAAUAAUGCCACAUGCUGAUGAAGCUCUCAGGACUCCUUCUCCUGCAGUAGCAUUAAAAGCAGCAAUUCUGAUUCAGCAAUGGUUUCGGCGUUAUAUGGCUCGAUUAGAGAUUCGGAGAAGAUACACCUGGAGCAUCUUUCAGUCCAUAGAGUAUGCAGGAGAGCAAGACCAGCUACAGCUAUCUAGCUUUUUCACUUUUAUGCUGGACAACUUCACUCACCUCAGUGGCGACAGUCCAGAUUUAAUCUCCCAUGUUUUGGAUCCAAAUAAUGACUUCAUGAAUGAAGAGGCCAAGUUGGCAAAAUAUGAGAAGAUUGAAGUUCCAGAUUCCUAUGCUGGUCCACGCCUUUCUUUCCCUCUUACUGUGGUGCACACCAAUGCUUUGCUCAGCGGGUUCAAGCAACAGCAAACCCUCCAUCCACGAUAUGUUCUGCAAUUGUUACAUGAAACAAAGAAGUUCCUGAAGCAUAUGCCAAAUAUCAUUCAUUUAUCAACCACCUAUACCAGGCAAAUAACCGUCUGUGGUGAUCUACAUGGAAAACUUGAUGACUUACUGCUUAUAUUUUACAAGAAUGGUCUGCCCUCAGAUGAAAAUCCUUACUUAUUCAAUGGAGAUUUUGUGGAUAGAGGAAAGAAAUCCAUGGAGAUCAUAAUUAUACUAUUUGCCUUUUUAUUGGUCUACCCCAAUAACAUGCACCUAAACCGAGGAAACCACGAGGACUACAUUAUGAACCUGAGAUAUGGAUUUACUAAAGAGGUUAUGCAGAAAUACAAGACCCACGGCAGAGAAAUCCUUCAGCUCCUGCAAGAUGUCUUCAGCUUUCUUCCAAUAGCAACAAUAAUAGAUAAUAAAGUUCUAAUUGUACAUGGAGGAAUAUCAGACUUCACUGACCUUGAUGUCCUGGCUUCGAUUGAAAGACACAAAUUUAAGUCAGCACUGCGACUGCCCAAGCUGAACACAGAUGACAGUCCAGAUAAAGGCAAAAAAAGAGUCCAGUUUUUUUCCCAGUGUAUUGGAGUUGGCGGACUGAAUAAAAUUCAGACUACAUUUCAAAGCAAUGGCUUCCUGCCUUCCUCUAACAACUGUUCUUCCUUUCAUACUAAACAAUGCAAACCAUGUUACAGCAAGGAGAAAGAUGUAAUGACAACUGGUGACGAGCAUCAUCCUCCAUCACAGACAUUAUUCAACCCCAGUGCAAUACUAGAAGUACCAUUUCUGGAUUCUGGCAUCAACUUUGUCGCUGAAGAGCCAAUCAGGGAAGAGCUGGAGUGGAAACAGAUUGUGGAUUUGCUCUGGAGUGAUCCCAAAAACCAGAAUGGCUGCAUCCCAAACAGCUUUCGUGGAGGUGGUUGUUACUUUGGGCCAGAUGUUACUCUUAGGUUACUGAAAAAGUAUAAUUUGCAACUGCUAAUAAGGUCACAUGAAUGCAAACAAGAUGGAUAUGAAUUAUGCCAUGAUGGGAAGGUGAUUACAAUUUUUUCUGCUUCUAAUUACUAUGAGGAGGGUAGCAACAGAGGAGCAUAUAUAAAGCUUGGACCGGAUUUAGUGCCACGCUUUUUCCAGUAUCAAGUCAGCAAAUAUACCCGUAGGCUAACCAUUCAACAGAGUGUGACUGCUGCUGAAGGUUCUGCUCUAAAAUCCUUGAGAGAAAAGCUAUAUGCACACAAAACAGAUCUGAUUGCAGCAUUUAAAGAUUGUGACAAAAAUAACACAGGAAGGAUUUCAACAAGUGACUGGGCUUCAGCAGUAGAAUCAGUCCUACAUUUAGAUCUGCCUUGGAGGACCCUGCGCUCCCGUUUAGUGAAACUAGGUCCUGAUGGGAAUGUUGACUACCUCUCCUGUUUUGAGGAUUUGCAAAUAGAACGCUCCAUUAAAGAGGUUACACCAUGCUUGAUGGAGACCCUUUAUAGAUAUCGAACUGAUCUGGAAAUCAUCUUUAAUAUCAUCGAUAAAGACCAUUCAGGACUAAUCUCGAUUGAAGAGUUCCGACAGACUUGGAAGCUUUUCAGUUCUCACCUCCACAUCCCUAUUGACGAUGAAGCUAUUGAUGACCUGGCCCGGAGCAUUGAUUACAACAAAGAUGGCAGUAUUGACUUCAAUGAGUUCUUGGAGGCAUUCCGCGUGGUACAUAAACUGGACAGCAAAGAAAACUAAACAAAAUUUUUAAAGACUAAGAGUUCUUCAGUACUCCUGCACCUACUUUUUUCUUCUUUUGAAAUCUGCAGUUACUGUAUAUUGAGCUUAUUAUUACGUGGUGCUCUUCUGUGAAGACACAGUCAGAGUGAUGGCACAGGUCUAUUAAUAUAAACAAUAACAAAACAUCUCAAAACCAUGCAACAUGUACAGUAGGAAAAAUAAGGAACUGCUUGGACAUGUGGAAUCAUAGAAGUGAGUAUCAGUAGGUUUAAUGAAUUUGAUGAUUAGGCUGUUUAGCCUCUUCAGUGGAAUAUUAGACCCUCUAAAAAGAAAGUGUGCUGUUUGAAGAGUAUGUGCUCAAACACUAUAUUGGAACAUCUUUUAUACAUGUUUACAAGUAUUUAUUAUUUUUCAGUUGCUGCAUUUUUCAAUGGAUUUGCUUGAUAACGCUAAUGGAUGACUUUAACACUGAAACCUUCAAAGAGCCAGCUAACUGUAAGCCUGUGCUGGCUAACCGAACCUAGCAUUUUAUUAAAGCCAUUAGACUGUUCACGAUAAUCAUUUUGUAAUGAAUGUAGAAAUGCAUCCAUUAUUCUUUUUUUCUUUUUUUGUUUUGUUUGUUAGUGAAUUGUAAUUUUUAUGCUUUAACGUGCAUUUCAUAGUUUAGCACAUCUUGGAAAUGUGUGCCUCAUGAAAGUGCCCUGACAUCUGAUUCAUCCUCUUGUGUUAUGGCAGCAUUCUUCUUGCUGCAUAACAGAUGAUGGUAACAUCUAUAAUGAUAAUCUCUUUAAUCUUCAGCAUUUUGUGAUGCUUUUCUUUUUUUAUAUCUGUUACCACACUGUGUGCUUCCACCUAGUUUGGAAAGGCUACUGUAUAUCUUUAAUGCAAGCUUUGAUGGAAAGCUUUUGUACUUCAAACCUUGAUUCUGAGGGAUAUUUUCUGCAUCGGCUAUUUAACACAAAUAUCGGAAAUCUUUCUUUUUAAUUGUACAUUGAGUAAAAACACUAAUAUUUCUUUAAAGUGUCUUAAAAGCUUUACGUUCUUUUACCAUAAAAUGUCUUACCCUGAUACAAACUUGAAUCAGACACUACUCUUUUUAUUUCUGAUCACAUUCAUCGCUGCCAUCCUCUAAUCUUCGAAGACCACCUACAGACAACUUUACAUGACCUCAGUGUUACACAGCAGUUAGUGGAGAUCAGGACAGCUUGAAUUUGGCAUUUGGAAUGAGUCAGAGCAGGAAUUCAUUGCAGAGCACCUAAAAAAAAAGGCAGGUUGCAAAGCUUGACUCAGGUGUUUAGAAAGCAUAUACUGUA